AACUAAGCCAACCACGAUGUUCCACGUGACCGGACCUGAUUGUUUAAAUCGUUCGUAUUGUCAGCCUAUAAAUUCGACCUUCUUCCUACACCUGAGCCACAACGUUCCAACGCAUCUUUUACUAUUUCCGUUGCAGUUUCAGAUCGAAGAUUCUCACAUUCUAACAUGGCAACGAAGUACAUUGUAGGAGGUAUUCUGGGAUCUUUUGCAGUUGCGUAUACUUGUGACUAUUUUCUUGCUGACAAGAAGAUAUUCGGUGGUACCACCCCCAAAACUGUUUCAAACAAGGAAUGGCAGGAAGAAACAGAUAAGAAAUUCCAGGCUUGGCCUCGUACUGCAGGGCCUCCUGUUGUGAUGAAUCCCAUCAGCCGUCAGAAUUUCAUUGUCAAGUCCCGUUCAGAAUAGUGAAGCUUGCAUCUUUGGCAAAUCACUUGCUGAGUUUGUUUUCCUUGUUAGGCCUGGCUAAGCCGUGCUCAUAAAUUCUUCUGUAUUCCAUUAGACUCGGCCCCUUAAUUCGGGGGUAAGGUAGGUUUUCAAAUGAUGCCAGAUCUUAAUAACCAUUGUCGGGACAUUUCUUUGGCAGAAUGUUCCUCUUCUUUUGUUAUUAGAUCUUUUAAUAAUUGAUUUUAUAAACUGUUUUGCUUCA